UUGUAUGGUUCUAGUGGUGUAUUAAGCAGUAAAUAUUCACUAUUUUUCUUUUUAAAACUUCAAAUGUACGAGCAUAACUAUAAUGUAAUAAAAGAGUGGUUAUUUCAAGUCUACAAAGCCUUAGAAAACCGGAAUGGAGGUAUAUUGGCAUUGCUACUGUCCUCGAAGUGCGACAAACUAUCACGCAAGAACUUAUACGGUUUUCAAGAGGAAGUUGCGCAGAAUUUGUGCCGAGGAUCUUUUGCAAUAUUCGACAAGCAAUUGACAUCCGGCUUUGACCAGUUUUUCUCGGACUUUGUAAAAUUAAAAGUAGCUAUCGCAAAUUUUAGAUCGAACAUGGACGAUAUUUUAAAACGGGCCUUCAGAUUAGUGGAUUUAUGGCUCGACAUCUAUUUGGAUGACAAUCUAUUCGAUCACCACUGGCUGGUUCCAGCCUUAUACUCUCUCUGUAAUUUUACCAGAACUAUAGGACUAGUUGCCGAUAGAUGUAGUUCACUUUCAAUGGAUUAUCUUGAUAAUGAAUUUGAGACUGAUAAGGACAAGUACAUGAAACAGGUUUUAAACAACGUUAGAAGUAAGAUGGGAAGGGUGCGAGGAGACGAGUCACGCCACUCAGCCUACAUCGUGUUACUUGCACAGUCAAUUAAGGGGUGUAUGCAGCUCGGAAAUAUGCAAAUGGCUGCUGGUUUUCUGAAGGCCAUUGAAUCAACGAACAUAAACUAUAAGAGAGCGUUGAGAGUGCCCCUGAUUAACUAUCGCUUCUACUUGGGCAAGCUGCAUAUGCAAUACAACGAGUUUCUAGAGGCUGAAGAGCAUUUGGCCUGGGCCUUUUCUAACUGCUUAAAAGAUAACAUUAAGGCGAGGAGGGAGAUCCUCGAGUGCCUAAUAGUCGUGAGGCUGCAACUAGGGAAAGUGCCGCCGUUCCCGCUUAUGGAAAAAUACAACCUUCCGCACUAUGCGCAGAUCGUGCGAUACAUCAUCACUGGAGAUGUGUCAAGAUACACCGACACAGUGCUGAAAUUUUUCUACGAGUUUGUCAAGGAGGGGACGGUCCUGUGUGUUGAGUUACUCAAGUAUCUGGCGUACAGGACGCUGAUCAGAAAAACAAAAACGUGGUGGAAUACAAAUGUGCCAUCUGCAAAGAAUAAUAUGCUCCCGGUUGGUGUUUUAACGGCUGCUGAAAAGUCACAAAUACCUACGACCUCAAACCUACAUAUGCUGUGCACAUGCUCAAACUUGAUUGUGAGGGGAUACAUCAAGGGAUACGUUUCAUGGGAGAAGGAAACCAUAGUGUUCAGCACUGUUCAGCCUUUUCCAAAGAUUAGCACGUGCUCCUUUAACUGA